AUGGUUGCCGUGUCUGAUGGCAGAAAGAUCACUGUGGACAGCAGAAGCUUUCAACGCGACGACAAGAAGCCGCAGCACGAACGACAUUUUCAAGCUACCCUUCAACAUGGCACCAGCAUCCGGCUGGGUGAUCUUACUUACGUACUCGUCUAUACCAACUUGAGCCAGGAGCAGAAACAACGAGAACUCGAAGAAGCCCUAGCACAGGCCAACGCUAUGCCUCCGAAUUCCGUGAUGCUGCUUUCGCCAACACCAUCCAAGCCAACUAUCGACUACCACGGCUACAGCAUCUAUGAUGCUAAUCACCAUGGCGCCACGAGUUCUGUAUCGUUGGGCUUUGACAAGUCUAACGGCAAGCCAGUCGCAGUCAAGAUGGUCAAAUGCACCGCCUCACAGUUCGGUGACUUAAGAAGAGAGAUUGGCAUCUUGAGCCGUAUCAGUCAUGAAAACGUAUGCAAGCUUCUUGAGGUCGUAAACUGGGACGCGUCAGCCAAUCCUCACGAAUGGCGACAGAAUGAGUGUCUGACUGUGGGUCUCAUUAUGUCACCACCGGCAUCUUCCUCUGCGCUGCAAUUACUCCCAACCUGGAAACGUCUUCCCGAGUCUACCACUUUCCUUCGCGAGUCCAUACGCCAAAUGGGAUCCGGUCUUGCACAUAUCCACAGCCUCAGUAUACUUCAUCGGGACAUCAAACCAGAAAACAUAGGCUAUCGCUCCGAAAGCCCAGUGCAUGUCAUCAUCCUCGACUUUGGUUGCAGCGAUCUGGGCCCGCACAGCACCCGCCACAAUCGAGGCACGAUAACGUAUCUCGCUCCUGAGGUCAUGAGAAUAAAGGAAGAAGAGUCUUCGGAGCCCUUCUCGUUCCCAUCAGACGUCUGGAGUCUCGGUGUCACUCUGGUCGACUUUCUCAUGGGCAAACAAACUCAUCGAAAACUAGGCCAGGCGCCAGUCUACAAGUCCUUCAAAGAUAUCUUGGGCGCAACUGCAGCCAGAGUAGACUACCGAGAAUUCUGGGAUAUUGCGGCUGAACUUUUAGCAUGGGAGGCAGAGCUCCGACCGACGGCGGAGCAACUAGCUCAACGGUUUCCCCACGAGAAACAAGAUGAAUCGGAAGUCUCACGUCAACCAUCCCAGAGCGAAGAACCGUUGGCCAAGCGUGGGAAGGUAUAG